AUGAUGUUUAAUAUUAGAGAUUUAAGUUUUAACGAUUUGAAGUUAACUGAGAGUCCAUUGGAUGAUUACCAGCGAGUUGCAUUACUUAUAUUCUGUUACAAAGAGGCUACCCAAGGAAACGUUGGAGGUUUCGAUGUAACUAAUACGUUAGAUAUUAAACAAAGUAAUUAUAAAUCGAAUACUGCACAAAAUUUCAAAUUAAAUAACUUAGAAAAUUGUAAUUCAAAUGUUUUAAAUUGUUUUGAAUAUAACUUGCCUGAUAUUAAAUUAUGUUUUUCAGAUGAAAAAAAUCCAUUAAGUAAAGAUAACAUUGAUGUCAAAUUAUUGGAAUUUUUGAAUAAUAAUCAAGAAUUGAAAUGUAAACUUGGUAUAUCGAGUGAUACACUAAAAAAUAUUAAUUAUUUACAAAUUUUUGAAAAUAUCGAUCCAGUAAAUUUUGAAUCAAAUGGUUUUCUAGGGAUGCACCAUAAUCAUGAAUCGAUAAACAAACAUUGGGAUGAUGAUAAACCAUUAAUAUUUUUAAAAAAUCAGCAAUUUAAAAUAAAUAAAGUAAAUUAUGAUUUAAUUAAAGAAUCUACUUUAGUAAAUCCAAACCUUAGCGUCAUGUGGACACAUGAUACUGGUUAUGUGUUUAUAACAGGAAUUUGGAGAUUAUAUCAGGAUGUGAUGAAAGGUUUGACACAUUUGACUAGAUUUAAUGAUGACGUGACAAUCAAAAAUGGCAAUGCUAAAAACGCAAUUUUAAUUAACAACUGCUUUAUUGAUAAAGUAUGCUUUGAAGAAUUUGAUUUGAUAAUGAAUCAUAUUUUUUAUGAUGAUUUAGAAAUUGAUCGUGAUUCGAUAAAAAUUAAACGGAAAAGAAGGAACUCAUCUCAAUUGAAUAAAUUAAAAUCACCUACUGUCGAUAAUUUUGACAUAGGUAAAAAAAGAAGUAGAACAAAUAGUUUUGGUAAUGCAGCAAAAAAAGAAGGAACGAAAAUUAUCAAAGACGAAUGUAUGAAAUCAACUUUACAAGAAAAAGAUGAUAAUCCAACUUUAUCCACUGUUGUAACAAAUCCAAAUCAUAUUGAUUUACAUUGGGCCAAUGUAUCUAAUUAUUUGAAGGAAGAGCUGUUAAUUGUUUUUAAAAACUAUAUAUUGAAUGGUGAAAACGAUGGAGUGAACACAGAUAAAAUGCAAAACUUGAGCAUAUACGAUUUGAUUAAUAGAAUUAGAGGUGGGUAUAUUAAAAUACAAGGCACUUGGUUACCUUGGAUAAUGGCUAAAGAAAUUUGUAAAAGAUUUUGUUUCCCAAUAAGAUAUUUUUUGGUUCCUUUAUUUGGUUCAAAUUUCGCUGAUGAAUGUGUCAAAUAUCAUGAAGAGGUAAUUGAAAAAUUCAAACAAAAUAUGCCAUUGGAAAUAUUUGACAACAUAAAUAAUUUUUUUGAGAAAGGAAAGCCAACAAAAUCUACAAAAUUAAAUGAUGAUUUAAUGAUCGAUCCAUUGAAUAAAUGUGUACAGCAGAAAAAUACUUAUAUUGGAAUAAAUGAGGUUCCUUCGUGCACUUUGAAGCAACCAGUACCUAAGAAAUUAGCUAAAGAAAUAGAUAUGGAAAAACUAUUGGAUUUUGUAUAUAAGAAUGAUAUUUCUAGAGGAAAUUUCAUCAAUAAUAAAGAUUCUGCAAUAAAGGAUACAUUUCUAUGCGACAAAUCGAAUGGCAAUAAUUUUAAAAUAGAGAGAAAAGGAAAACAAGAGACUAAUCAUAACGUUAUAAAAUCUACGAUGAAUGAUAAAAACAAUGGUAUUUUGAAGAAAAAAAGAAAGGCGUACCCAAGGACAAAACAGAUGAAGAAAAACUUAUCUAAAGCGUUUGACAUUCUAAUUCAGACAGCAAGGUCGACAAAACCCAAAACCAUUCCCUUAACUGAUUUAAAAAACUCAAGAAUAACCUCAUACUAUUAUGGUGGAAGUAGCAGAUUGUUAUUGUUAUCAAUCCCCACCCUGAGGAGAAAAAGUGACAGCAACCUAACCAAUGACACUUCAUCGUUAAAUUAUUUUGAUUCUGAUAAUUAUGACAGAUCCAGAAGGAACAGUGAUAUUGUAGUAUCUAAUUACUUACAAAGAUUCGAUGGACUACAGCUUCUAAAUCAUCAUCAAGAUCAAAAUAGCAUCAACAAAUCACAGGCAUUGUCAGAUAACAACGUAUCCAUGUAUAGAAAUAAAAUUCCUGUUAAUCAGUUCGAUGAAACUUUGACAACGACAAUGUCACACAUUCCUGUAUAUGUGAACACUCAAAAUGGAAAAUAUCAAUAUAACUACGUAAAUGCAUCAACUCAGAAAACCCAAGUGAGAUCAAAUUUCAGCAAUGCGUCAAUGUCUCAAAAUAAAGGGUUGACGUCGUAUUAUGGCAAAUCGCGUCGGAUUUCACAAACUUCAGUAUCUAAAGAUUUGAAUAAUGAGGCAAGUGAUUUGAAUGUUAGAAAAUACACAGCUAGUCAUCAGAAUAUAGAUAAUGGAUACCAACUAGUGUCUAACUCUAAAGCAAUCCUUCUUAGAUCCGAUAAUACUCCACGAUAUGUUGACAAAAAUCAUGAAUAUGCGCUAACGAACAAGGUUGUAUCGUUAUCAAACUCGAAGGUAAAAUAUAAUGAUGAAAAUCAAAUUUGGAACCAGAAUAUCAGCUUGAAUAAAUGA